AUGCUGCUAUCAAAACAAAACAGUGGCGACAGGUCCCGCAUGCUUCUCGAGUGGCCAAACACUUUGCACACCGGCGUGCCACCUGCAUGUGGCCUGAACCCUGACGGCUGGGGGACGAGCAGUGGCAAAGGCGAUCAAAAGUUUCAAAAGCUUGAAAAGCAAGCAAAGAAGCAAGACGAGAAGGCUGAAACAGAUAUGCAGGGAGGACCAGAGAUGGGCGGGAUGUAUCCAAGCAAAACCGGCGGUGUUUUUUGCAACCCGCAUGCCAAGUACUCUCCAAGCCAUCGUAAGGUGCCAUCGAUCCAUGUCACCUUGAUCAACGAUCCGCCCACGGUUGAGGCGCCGUUCCUGCGUCCGCCAGCGAUCACUCUGGGUGUCUUCCUGGGCCGUGAUGGUGCGUCAGAUGCGGCUGUUGGAAACACGGAAUUGUGCCCGGGCGCUUGUUUCACGGGCGCCUUGACCGAUGCAACGCCAAACAUCAGGGAGGAAUAUACGUAUUCGCUCGAUAUCUACAGCAUCCUUUCAGUUAUUCUCUUGAAAGGGCCCCGAAAGUUGAAGAUCUGCUGGGUGCAGCGAUGCAUCUCGUGGCCCGGAUCUGCAGGGCUCGACCUGGACAUGGGUUGA